AUGCAAUUCGCAGUUUCGCAGAAUAUUGAAACAAGACGCCGUGCCAACCAUCUUUUGCUCUGCACUGUCUGCAGUCAGCAACAGAGCAGAACAGAUAAAAAGAAGAAGACACUCGUCGGAAAGUCUGCUAGAAAAACGGCGAAAAAUACACGUCCUUCAUGAGGCCAAGAAGUCUACACACACAGUGACCACAUUAGUCGAGCCCUCUACAGACUUUGAUGCACCAUUUACGGCAACACCAAUAAUUACAACUGAAAGUGUUGCAGACUUGAGCACUCUAGCAACAAUUGCCAGCAACAUACAGCCCCUUCUAGUGCAUCAAGGCGCAUACCAUGUUCAAUGCCAGACACCAGCUUUGGUGAGUUGUAACAGUAUAAUUGCGUGGAAUGCUGCUAAAGAAGUAGUACAGCAGGUCUCAUGCAGUACACAAACAGACUGGGACCAAGAUGUGAGAACUGUUCUUAGAAUUCCCCACGCAACAGCUAUAUGUGAAGACAGCUUUACGUCAAGCAUCAGUGAUAACAUGCGGGAGGAUGACGAGACAUGGGAGCAGUCAGACGAUGGAGAAAGUGAAGAAGAGCCUGAGGAGUUGGAGUGGGAGAGUAGCGAGGCUCAGGUGGCAGAAAGAAAGUUUAUUGUGUCCGAGUCAUGUUUGGACUUGCUAUUGAGUAAAUGUGCAACAUGCAACCAGUCAGUAUCGGUGCAUAAAAAGGUGAAAGGUUGCCUGCUUGUAGCCACAAAGACUUGUUCUCACUGCCAUGAGACCGAGUCAUGGAGAAGCCAGUCUUCAGUUGGUGGGCUGGCUGAAGGUCAUUUGGAACUUUCAGCAGCCGUAAUGUUCUCAGGAAGUGCUACCGCCAAGUUUCUACGUGCCCUUAAGUUUGCUGGUGUUGUGUGUUUUAAUGAAACCACAUUUUACAAUUUGCAAAAACUGUAUUUGACACCAGCUAUAACCAGUGUCUGGAGGAUGCACCAGUCGGCCCUAAUCGAAGGGCUUAAAGCGAACGGGUCUCCACUUGUCCUUGGAGGUGAUGGGAGAUGCUGCUCUCCGGGACAUACUGCUAAGUAUGGAACUUACAGUAUGAUGGACUUGGAAUCAGGCAAGAUUCUUGACAUCCAACUUGUGCAGAGCAAUGAAGUGAAGAACUCCCAUGCAAUGGAGCUGGAGGGACUGCAGAGGUCAUUGCAUUUCCUCAUAGAGGAGUGCAGUCUCCAGAUUUCUCACCUGGUGACAGACAGACACAGCUCUGUGAAGAAAUACAUGCGGGAAAAACAGCCAGAUAUUGUCCAUUGGUUUGAUGUCUGGCAUGUUGCAAAAGGAAUAUACAAGAAGCUAGAGGCUGCAGGAAAGAAGAAGGGGUGUGAGAAAGUAAAGGCGUGGUCCAGAUCAGUGAGUAACCACCUGUAUUGGUGUGUUGCCAGUAGCAAUGGUGAUGGCGAAUUGGUCAAACAGAAAUGGUUGUCAAUGCUCAACCAUGUUGCCAACAUACAUGAGGGCCAUGGAGACAAGUUUCCGAGAUGUGAGCAUGGAGACCUUGAAGAUCGCCUAUGGAUGGUAAAAGGGUUCAAGCCUCAUGCAGAACUGGCGAAGGUUGUGGAGAACAAGCUUCUGCUGACAGACAUCAAAAAACUGUCACCAGCUCAACAGACUUCGUCAUUAGAAGCCUUCCAUAAAGUGAUAUGCAGCUGGGUUCCAAAGUCGGUCCACUACAUGCAUACCUACAUGGAUUCAAGGUCCAAAGUCAGUGCACUCCACUUCAAUGAAAAUACAAACCGAGAAGUGCGAAAGACAAGAAGUGGGCUCGAGCAGUUUAGUGUGUCCUACCCAAGAGGGAGAAAAGGGGAGCCAGUGGUGAAGGAAGUGAAGACGGAACAAACCUUUGGGUAUGUCACAGAACUGAUGAGGAUGGCAAAAGAGCUGCGUCAACAGUGUACCUCUUUCAAAAUGGCGGAAAGUUUGAAGGAUUUAAGAGCAAGACCUGUACCUUUAGCACAGAGUACACCGAAGAGAAAUGUUUCAAAACAAGACCUGGUGAAGCUGCAUAUUACUAGGUUCAAUAAUUAAUUGUACCCUCACAAACAAGGUCUGUCCGUCUAAGUGUCUGCUCUCAAAUACAGUUGUUUUCAUCUGAUCUUAACCAAACUUGGUCAGAUGUUGCACUGGUUUUUGUACCAAGGAAACUGUUGUAUAUAUUUUUUUGUUAUUUUCUCGUUUUAUGGAUGUUUUUCUGUGUCAAGUACUGGUUCUACCCAGGAACGUGACUUUAUUAUGUUGUACAUUUGUUGUUAAGUCUUUGAAAGUACUGGUACUACUGGUUCUAAUAACCCUUCCCAGGAAACUUGAUUAUGUUCUUGUUGUAUUGAUGUAUUUCUGUGUCAAGUACUGGUUCUACCCAGGAACACGACUUUUAUUAUGUUGUUAACCUUUUGAAAGUACUGGUACUAUUGGUUCUAAUAACCCUACCCAGGAAACUUGAUUAUGUUCUUGUUGUAUUGAUGUAUUUCUGUGUCAAGUACUGGUUCUACCCAGGAACACGACUUUUAUCUUGUAAAUAUGUUGUUAACCUUUUGAAAGUACUGGUACUAUUGGUUCUGAUAACCCUACCCAGGAAACUUGAUUAAUGUUCUCAUUGUUUUGAUGUAUUUCUGUGUCAAGUACUGGUUCUACCCAGGAACAUGACUUUAUUAUCUUGUAAAAAUGUUGUUAAUUCUUUGUAAGUACUGGUACUACUGGUACUAAUAACGCUACCCAGGAAAAAUUACUUGAUGUAUUGUAUAUAUAAUCAAUAACUAGGCAUGCAUAAUAAGUACUGGUUCUACCCAGGUUUUUUUGUCUGAAACUAUUAAAAUUAAUACGCACAUCAGUGUAUUAAUAUUACAGACA